UACAUCUUGUUGCACGAAGACUACCAGUUGUAUGUUUUACCCCGUGUGUUAGAAUCAAAGAAGAUGGCGAAGUCUGGUCGGACUAAACAAAAGGAAGCUGAUCUAGAAUAUAGUGUAGCAAAGCAAGUUGAGAAAAUGAUCAGUGAGGUGCAUGAGCAAGCACUGCAAUUAUGUGAUACCAUACACCGAGAAAGGAGAAUAUUGCUGAAGCAGGAAAUAGGUCGGAUGGUUUUAUUUUUCACUGAUCAACCAAGUUUGCUGGCGCCAAACAUUCAGAUGGUAUUCUCUGCAUUGGCUUUGGCCCAAUCUGAGGUUCUCUGGUAUUUUCAACAUGCUGGUAUUGCAUCUUCAAGAUCCAAGGCUGCUCGAGUGAUACCAGUUGACAUAGAUCCAAAUGAUCCUACCAUUGGCUUCCUGCUCGACGGAAUGGACCGUCUCUGCUGUUUAGUGCGCAAGUACAUCUCAGCUGCUCGAGGUUAUGCACUAUCAUACCUUUCUUCAUCUGCUGGAAGGAUUCGUUACCUGAUGGGCACUCCUGGAAUUGUGGCUCUGGACCUUGAUCCUACCUUGAAAGGCCUUUUCCAGCGUAUUGUGCAACAUCUCGAAAAUAUACUCAAAGCGCAGGGAGAAAAUGUUUCUGCAAUCACAUGUGACCUAUCUGAAUUCCGGAAAGAUUGGUUGUCCAUUCUGAUGAUUGUCACUUCUUCUCGAUCAUCGAUAAACAUCAGGCAUCUGGAAAAAGCCACUGUCUCUACUGGGAAGGAGGGCUUGCUAUCGGAAGGAAAUGCUGCAUAUAAUUGGUCCAGAUGUGUUGAUGAGUUGGAGUCUCAAUUAUCAAAGCAUGGAAGUCUGAAGAAAUUAUAUUUCUACCAUCAACACCUCACAACUGUUUUCAGAAAUACAAUGUUUGGACCAGAAGGACGUCCUCAGCAUUGUUGUGCAUGGCUCAGUGUGGCUAGUAGUUUUCCGGAAUGUGCUUCACUAAUAAUUCCUGAGGAGGUUACCAAAUUCGGGAGAGAUGCAGUGCUUUAUGUAGAGUCUCUUAUUGAAUCAAUAAUGGGGGGACUGGAGGGCCUAAUAAAUAUUCUUGAUUCAGAAGGCGGGUUUGGCGCUCUAGAAUCUCAGCUUCUUCCAGAACAAGCUGCAGCUUAUCUGAAUAAUGCAUCAAGAAUUUCUGCUCCUUCAAUGAAAUCCCCCAGAGUUGUAGGCGGGUUUACUUUACCCGGCCAUGAGAGCUAUCCUGAGAAUAAUAAGUCUAUUAAGAUGUUGGAAGCUGCAAUCCAAAGAUUGACUAAUCUGUGUUCAAUUCUGAACGACAUGGAGCCUAUUUGUGUUAUAAACCACGUAUUUGUGCUAAGAGAGUACAUGAGAGAAUGCAUUCUUGGGAACUUCAAGAGAAGAUUUCUUACUGCACUGCAAACCGAUAACGAUCUUCAGCGGCCUUCUGUUUUGGAAUCUCUUAUCAGGCGGCAUAUGAGCAUAGUUCACUUGGCAGAGCAGCACGUUAGCAUGGACCUAACCCAAGGCAUCAGAGAAAUUUUACUCACUGAAGCCUUUUCAGGGCCUGUUUCGUCUUUGCACACAUUUGAAAAACCUGCUGAACCACAGCAAAACACUGGAUCUGCAGUUGAAGUUGUGUGCAACUGGUACAUGGACAAUAUCAUCAAGGAUGUGUCUGGUGCAGGAAUCCUCUUUGCUCCGAGGCACAAAUACUUCAAAAGCACUAGACCAGUUGGAGGGUAUUUUGCAGAGUCAGUCACCGACGUCAAGGAAUUACAGGCGUUUGUUCGUAUCUUCGGCGGCUAUGGAGUAGACCGGCUGGAUAGGAUGAUGAAAGUUCAUACAGCUGCCCUAGUAAACUGCAUAGAAACCUCUCUGAGGUCAAACCGGGAAUUGAUUGAGGCAGCUGCUGCAAGUAUGCAUUCUGGUGACAGAGUGGAGAGAGACGCAUCCGUUAGGCAGAUAGUGGAUUUGGAUACCGUGAUAGGAUUUUGUAUUGAAGCUGGUCAAGCUUUGGCUUUUGAUGAGCUCCUCGCUGAAGCCUCUGGAGCUGUUCUUGAAGACAAUGCAUCCUUGAUACACUCGAUGAUCUCUGGCAUCGUUGAACAUAUACCUGAAGAAAUACCUGAAAAGAAUGAAAUCAGAAGGAUCAAAGGUGUGGCAAAUGGUGUUGGCGUAGCUGGAGAUCAUGACUCUGAAUGGGUUAGAUUAAUCCUCGAAGAGGUAGGAGGUGCAAAUGACAACUCAUGGAGUUUGUUACCUUACUUUUUCGCCUCUUUUAUGACCUCAAACGCCUGGAACACUACUGGCUUCAACAUCGAGACUGGUGGAUUCAGCAACAACAUCCAUUGCUUGGCUCGAUGUAUUAGCGCUGUCAUUGCAGGAAGUGAGUAUGUGAGGUUACAGCGUGAAUACCUGCAGCAGCAUCAGUCCCUCUCAAAUGGUCAUCACUCUAGUGAAAAUCUGGACUCAGAGUUUCAACCCCGUGUAACCGCUGAAGCAAGCAUUAAAUCCGCAAUGUUACUCUUUGUGAAAUUCGCUGCAUCCAUUGUGCUAGAUUCAUGGAGCGAAGCCAACAGAUCUCAUCUUGUGGCUAAGCUUAUCUUCCUAGACCAACUCUGCGAAAUCUCACCAUACCUCCCAAGAAGCUCCCUUGAAUCACAUGUCCCAUACACAAUCCUCAGGUCAAUCUACACGCAAUACUACUCCAACACACCAUCCACACCGCUCGCGACAGCAUCUCCAUACCAUUCUCCAUCCGUAUCACUCAUCCACGCUUCUCCCUCUAUGAAAAACCCCACGACUCCCCAGCGUGGUAGUGGUAGCGGCAGCAGUAGCUCCGCAGCUGCCCCGGAUUCAGGGUACUUCAAAGGCUCAUCAUCUUCACUCUACGGUCAGGAACACUACAUGGAACCGGAAACUGGAAACUCAAGGAACAAUGAGAACAACAACAACAACAAACAAAGGGGUAGUUCCCGUCGUUCAGGACCGCUGGAUUACUCGAGUCAUAAAGGAGGGUCAGGAUCAAACAGCACAGGUCCUAGUCCACUUCCUAGGUUUGCUGUCUCAAGAUCUGGUCCCAUCUCAUACAAACAGCAUAACUAAGUAAACAACACUCCCACAUUCUACUAAAGAGAAGAAAAAACAGUUAUGUAGAGAGAGAUGAUUAGAUUUGUUGUACAAAUACCCUCGCAAGUCGCAAACACACUUGUUAUCUUGUUUAUUUAUUAUGUUGCAGUUGCACCAUUAAACUUAUGCAUAUCUUUUUUCCUUGUUAAA